GCUGCAAUACAAACAGAAAAAUGAUAAAACUUAUCUAAACGUGUUCAAAGUGAUGUAUAUGAUAUGUUUACAAUAUGUUACUUUAUUAACAUGAAUGUUUUACAUUCAGUCAGUCAUCUUUAAAAAUAUAAUUCUUAUUCGGUAAAGAUUAACAAAAAUUGAAGAAUGGUAUAUAUAAGGUUGUCUUUUGUCAUGCUCACUGUAACAGUGUCUCAACAAGUUUUUGCGGACUGGACAUUCCCUGGAUAUUGUGCACAAAAGAAUUCAUACAUACGUGAUCCAAAUCUUCCUGUAAGCACAAGGUUACCCCCACUGCCUGUUCUCCCGAAAACCUUUCAAGUACAAGUCGAGGCGCAACUUUUAGACAGGAAAGUAACGAAAACUGGGAAAAUAUUUUACGAUGAAAGAAGAAAACGAGCGACUGUUAAAAUGUUUGCCAACAAUCAACUCAGUACUUCUAUUUUUGAUUUUGAUAUAAAUCAAACAAUUUUCGUCAACAAUGGUUCUUGCUAUGUUCGUGAUUAUUUAACGACGGACCAGUCAAUUCUUAUUGGUGCUAAACAAACUGGUAAUUCCACUUCCGGAACUCUCAACUUCGAUAAAGCAAAUGGUCUGCUAUACAAAGGAAGGAAAACUGUUCGUGAUAUAAACUGUGAUUGGUGGCAGUCAUGUAUAAUCUGGCCGCAAGCUAACUUCACCUUAGAUUAUUAUUUUUCGGCAUACAACUGGAGUUCUCCAUCUUCACCGAGACAAGUGCCCGUGCUUGCAGAGAUUUUAGGUUCCAAAUAUAUGAUACCACAAGAUGUUCCAAUACACCAUAUAUAUGAAUAUUUUGACUUCAGAAAUAAAAUCUGGGAAGACAAUUCUGUUUUUGAGGUACCAAGUGGCUUAAUUUGUCCGGGACUUCCUAUCACAAAAACAGUACCAAACCUGCCACAAACGUUCUCAUUCAAUGAAGAAAUUAUAAGUACAGAUGGUGUUCAAAGUGGAUCUGUGUACUACGAUAGGAAAGCUAAAAUUAUUCGUUAUUUAUAUACAUCGUUUUUUAGUCCAAAUCUCAUGUUUGUAAUACAAGAUUUUAACACAGGUAUAUUGUUUUUCUGUUAAGUUUUACAGAUUUGUAGUAACCUUAGUGAUUAGUUCAUGUUAUAUAAUUAUAUAAUUAUAUAUAUUUCCCCGAAGUAACUAGUUCGCUGUCCUGAAGUUGGCUAUUUCACUUUAAAAGUUCUUACGUUUUAGUAGACCUUAUAACUUGACGUUUUGUUUUAUAUCUAUUAACAUUAAUUUGUAAAAAUAGUUUCAAACUUCAUUCAGUGUUUAAAGCAACUCGCCUCCAGAUGGCAGAAU